AUGUAUCUCCAUACAACUACACGUACGUACAUAAAUAAAGUAUUAAUAAAAAAAUAUGCAAAAUGCUACAUUUGUACGUACUCGUUCAAUUUGUACCUUCGUACAACCGUUACUGUACACGUACUGUACGUUCUGUACGUGUACAACUACACGUUCACACACAACGCCGUCCACCACAUCCUCAACCACAAGGAAGGCAACGCCGGCGGCAACAGGGUCCAAACCCACGACCGCGUGGUGCGAGCCGUCGCACAGCUAUGCAAAGACGUCGGACUCGUCGCCGAGACGAAAGGCAUCCGCGGCCUCCUCCCCCCCGACGCCGUGCGAGGUGGACGCCACGAGUGCAUGAAAACCGUCGACAUCAGCAUCACGGGACUCGACAGCCGGGUGGCCAGGACCCUCGGGGACGUCGUCGUCCCCCACCCGUUCAGUGGUGACGGGCGCGCGAAAUUCAACGGUCGGCGCCCCACUGCGACCCGCUCACCAGCGAACAUCCAGCCGGGCGAGUACACGCUCGAGGCGGAGAAGAAGAAGCUCGACUGGUACGGCAACAUCCCCGAGGGCCGCGGCUUCAGCCUCGUGCCCAUGGCCAUCGACACGUACGGUUUCAAGGCGCCGCGCUUCCGCAAGUUCCUUAACCAGCUCGCCGAUCACGGUGCGAGAGGCACUGUCCCCGCCGGCGACGCCGCCUCCGAGGCCGCGGCCGAGGCCACGCUCUCCGCCAUCGCGAGGAGCAAAAGCUAUUGGAAACGACGCAUCAUGGGCCACAUCUCCGUCGCGCUCGUAUCCGCCAUCGGGGACCGCAUCGCUGGCGCGCCCAUCUCGUACGCGCUCAGAACCUCACGUGACUCUGAAAACUUCCACGCGGGCGCGGCAGCGCAAAUCCUCUUUAUGGAGCCCGACACUGCUGGCGAUUUCCACAUCGCCCCGGCUCCGUGCGCUCGUGAGGCUCACAUGGGUUUCAUGAAUCCCGUCGUGGGGUUGCUUACUACGUGA